CAGGCGUUGUUAAUAAUACCCCUAAUUCCCUUCGCGCCCACCGUUUAAAAUGGCCUCCGCAAAGUACAACUUUUUAUUCGCUGUAAGUUUAAGAAAAAAGACCCAUUGACAGACCAUGAAGAGAGGCCAGACCCAUCAACAUAUUCCCAAGACGCUUGAAAACGCUGGAGAGUUCCGAAUGUUUAUCUAUGAGCUGACAGAGUCGAAAAUAUUCAGUGUCAGUAUUUUGUUUGUAAUACUUCUCAACACUGUAAUUUUGGUCAUUCAAACCGAUGAAGCGUUUUCUGUGAAAGCAGGUAGGUGUUAGAUUCAUAUUGCUUUUUUUAGUUGCUAGCAAUUCUUGUUGGUUUUCCCUUAAUAUUACAAGUUGCCAAAUGUACGUGAUUUUUUUCUCUGAAUUUGAACAACUAGGAUGGCCUCCAAGUUCAAAAAUAGAAAGGAAAGCUUUUCGUAUGUUUGCCUUCUUCAUAAGACGUCUCGAACUAGGAAAUUUUACGAUGUUGACAAAACCGGAUUCGGAUCAACCUCUAGACCCAUCGUAUUUCAGUGAGGUAGAGGCGAGCAGUCUCUCUUCUGCUCGAAAAUCCGUGAAUUGAAGCAUUUUUGUAGAGCAAACGAGACUGCUCGCUGUCUUUUACAGACAAUCAAAGAGAAACGGCGUGACGAACGGUUUCAAGCCCAGGGUCUCGAGGAUGCUAUAUUACAGUGAUUUUUUUUCGAUCCAGUUUUUGUUCAUUCUUGUGAACUGAUUGUUUGUAGCUGUUCAUUUGUACCAAUAAGUGUGAUCCACGUGCAUAGUGGUUAGUGAUUUUCUUUGUUGUUGUAUAUUUUUUUGUCUGUUUUGUUUGCUUGUUGGAGUAUAGACUUUGCCGUUGCAGUUUUACAUGAACUCGAUACUUGCUCACCAAAUUUCGGAUUUGAACUCGUUUCUGGAAAUUCCCGACAAAUGAAAGCAAAACAAUAAAACUGUAAAUUAACGAAACAAAACAGACUUUUGUACCAGCUUCGCCUUGAGCUUGAGCGGGGACACUCGCGACACAGUAUGCAGGAGGUUUAUACCGUUGGAAAUCGCAAACGGAAGGAGACAGUUUUGUUGUAAUUUGUUUUAUUUUUCCUUUAGGAUGGUAUCUCUCUGCUUUAGACAAUGUGUUUCUGGCCAUCUACUUUAUGGAGAUUGUUUUAAAACUGUAUGCUCUUCGUUCAUAUUUUUUCAAGACAGGAUGGAACAUCAUGGGUAUGCAUGGUUUAGACAUGUUUAACUUCGGUAAAUUCGACAUCACCGUUUUCAGUGGAGGCGUGAAGAAAUUGAAAUAACAUUAGUUUCUUAUUCAGAGUUUCAAACUUCAAACUUUUCAUGCAAUCAGCGGUUCCAAGUCAGCUCACAAAGUCACGAAAAGCUCGGGGAGUUGAAACUGACGCGGCUUAUAAUAUAAGUGGCACACAGUUCACCAAUUACGUUCCGGUGUCCGUCCUCCCUGGCUCCUGUUUAGUACCUUUAGUUCUCAUUCGAAAAUUGUUAAGUCUUGGUCAACUAUAUUUUCCGUGUAGUGUGUUUAAACGGCAUCUUUUGGCAAUCAUUGCCUUAAACUUAUCCAGAUGUGAACUAAACGUUUCGUCAGCUAGAGAUCAAGAAAUGAUCUUUAUAUUUCCAUUCUGCCUUUGUUUUUUAGGUUAGUUCGCUUAACCUUAUUGAGACACUUUACCUAAAAUGCUUUCAAAAACAGAAAUCGCAAUUUCAAUUUUUGAUUAAAUACAAAAAUUCACGACUCAAAAAGAAAAUGAAGUUUUGUUUUUCAUGUUUCUUCUUCUUCUUCUUCUUCUUGUAGACUUGUUGAUUGUGCUUUUUACCAUGGUGGAUUUCUUGCUACCACUGAUCGUUCAGAAUGUCGGAUCCUUUGAUGUUGCAGCCAUUUUUAGAUUACUGCGCAUGUUCCGAGCUAUCCGAGCGCUGAGGGCACUACGGGUACUGCGGACUAUAAGGUCAGAAAGUUCAUACACAGAUGAGUGUUUCUUGGGUAGGGACGAGGGACAUGUGGAACUGGAUUACUUUAAUUUAAAUUGCGGGGUGUCCUGUUUUGGGCUAACGAUAAAUAGCAAGUGUGAAAGUUGGUUUCACUUGAAAAUUUCAUUUGUCAAAGAAGUCCGUAAUCAGUUUUUAGAAAACGUAACCUCAAUUUCUCCAUACAUUUUCUGUAAUUUUGAUACUGUAGAAUUACAGAAAAUUUAUGGGAAUAUCAAGGUUUUCUGACUGAACUGAUCACAGACUUCUUUGCUCUCCAGAUUUAAGGUAUAGCUUCUUUGAACUCCUAAGUUACUCUUUUCAAAGAGAAAGCAUCAAAUAUAUGAAUUCAAGAAGAAUUAGGAGGCUUUGAAUUCAGCACAAAUCUUUAAAUUUCCCUCCAUCUUGCCCUGAUUACCCAUGAUGCAACUAUGAGCGUGAACUCCUUUACUAGUGAUUUUACGCAACAGGACAGAAGAGUAAAGAAGGCGGCAAACGUUGCGUAACAAGCUUGACAAUAAUUUUGUCUGUUAAAACCUUCCGCCAAACUCCACCUUCCUUGCUUUGAACAGGUCUUUUUGUAAACGACCGGAAAACAUUUAGCGUAAAAUGGAGACCACGACAAAACACGCAAGUGAUAGCCCUGUCACGCUUGUCACACACACCCGUUUUGCCGUCUUCUUCUUCCUGCCGUCCUGUUGCGUAAACUCACUAUUCUAAGUGGAGGGAGCGAGUUAUCAAAUGUUAGAAGUUUUAUCAUUUUAUCGGGAGAGGGCUUAACCUCCUUAAAUCAAGAACCUUGCUAACUUUUCUGGUGAGUCUAAAGUACAAUGACGCUCUCUGGAGAAGCUUUCUGGGGUGUAUAUUUUUUGAGAAUACGCGAUAAAACUUUCAAUCAAAUCUCGUACUCGUAGUCUUUCUCGUCCUCGAAUCUAAAGGUCUCUAAUAUUGAUUCGUUUCCGCAGAUUUUUGAAAAAUCUUCAAGUGAUCAUGACAACAAUUCUGAAGUCAUUCCGAGCUCUGAGUACAAUCGUUAUGCUUCAGGGACUAUUUCUUUGUAUCCUUGUAACGGGUCAGGUCCGGCGGGGAUGGGUGGGGGGGUGGGGGGCGGGUUGGGUUGUACUCUCUUAUAUAAGCCAUAUAGGUAUGUGCCGCCCCAAAGAGUAUGGUUUUUGCGCCGUUUCGGUCUCAAAACGGGUAUAGAAUUUGCCCAUUUUGGUCUGGAAACGGGUAUGGUUUUCGAGCGAGCUACUGGAGGUUUGAAUGUAUUGGUCGUUUCAAUUCCAAAUGAAUAAGAAAGAAAGAGUAAUAUGCAAAUUCGAAAUGGAUAUUAAGAAAUCUUUUUCCUGGCGCUCUAAUAUGAGUAAUAAAGAAAGGAUUUUUUGGAGACCAGGUAUGAAAUCGGGUAUGGAUUUUAAAGGCUAGGUCUAAAGGUGUGAAAAAUCACAGUUUUUAGUCUGAAAUAGGGUCAGGAUUUGAAGAACCGGGCGGCACACUCCCACCAAAAAUUCCUAGGAGUACCUCUCCCCCUCCCGCCCCAGCAUAUGCGGUAUAGUGUGAAAAUAGCCUUAGGCGUUCUGACUGGAUGAAACAACAGAUAAUUGUAGUUAUACAGUUGUUCCUCCUUAAGUAUUACGCUGUACAGACAUGUUUGCGGUUAUAGGGCGCGGGCUGUUUUAUGAAGUCGCACCCACAAGAUUUGGCACCUUGGGAAAAGCCUUCUUCACGCUUUUCCAGCUCAUAACGCUGGAUGACUGGUUUUACAUGUACAGUGAUGUCGUCGCCAAGAGCCCAGGUUUUUAUUGCCACCCACGCAGACGUCCUAAGUGGUUGGUCACUUGACUACAAGCCAAAAGGACGUCCGUGUUAGACUGCACUAUUUGCAAACGUAGAAGUGAAUUUGUGUUUUUGUUCCGUCAAUCAUUUGAGUGGAGGUGGGGUUGAUGCAAAUCACAACGCCACUUUAAGUUGCCUUGUGAUUCUCAGUUUUGUUUUUGCGGCAAAUUUGCCGCAAGAACAAAACUGAGAAUGACUCUAGACUGUUCAAAAAUAACGAAGGAAAUCGCGAUUGUGAGUGGAAUUUUUUUUCUUGGCUAUACAGUCGUAAGAAAGAUCACGAAAAUCUUCGAAUCAAACUAGUCGAUUAUUGCCCAAAACAGGACGCUCACAAGCAACGAACCUUGAAAUACAGACCCCCCCCCCCAAAAAAAAAAAAAAAAAAAAAAAAAACUUUUUUCUGGGUAUCAGAGGCGAAAAAAAAUACAAAAAAAUUUCAAAAAAAAAUGGGCGAUUUUUACCCAAAACAGGCACCCACAAAAAAAAAAAACAUGAAAACAACACCCCCCCCCCCAAAAAAAAAAAAAAAAAAAAUUGAAAUCCACCCAUCACAAAUCACAAACCAUGACCUUUUUGGCGUUCAAGUGAACAUCUGUUCCCUAAGAGGUCCGCUAGGAUGAUUGACGGAACAAAAACCCCAAAUUCCUUCGAAGUUUGCAAAACUCGCAGACGGCUUUUGACACUUUAAUAAAGUUUCUAUCUAUCUAUCUAUCUAUCUUAUGUAGAAUUCCCCGCGCCUCCCCUCCCUCUCUUCCCACCCCUCUCCUAGUACGAUGAAUACCCUGUUAAGAGUUUACGACCAGUUUUGGGCCACAACACCCCGUAACGCGACAACUAAAGCUCACGAUCAGACUUUCUGUUUACUUGUCGUUGUUAAAUCUAUAUUGCGCCUGAGUGUACCAUAACUGGUUAAGAGGCUGAAAAAAAGCUAAAGCUUUGUUUCUUGUUCUUUCUGAACAGGACACGGCUAUAUCAUCCUGUAUCUUAUCGUCUACAUUGUCCUGGAAAACUUCAUCUUCAUGAAGUAAGAAUUUUAACAACCAUAUUUCAUGAAAAGUUAUUCUGAUUAUUUCUUAAUGUACAAAUUAUCUUGCAGUUGAGGCAAACCUGUCAAAAGAUUUCUAAAAAUACCAAAAAUUGAGAAAAAAAAAUGGCUUGGGGUGGUGGAAGCCUAAGUAAAUUUAACAAACGACAAACGUAUGUUGAAAACUGUGACAUUUACAGGUUUCUAUCAAAGUUUUCAAAUAUUUCUUUACCUCUUGGUUUUAUGCUUGUGUAAUGUAGUUUGAAAGGGAUCUACAAUUUUAAGCAUUUCUAGUUUCUAUCAAGCUCCUUGUUAUUUCCUGUAUUCUUCGCUUUUAUAUGAAAUAACAAUGGAGUUACUCACUUACCCAAUCUUCCAAGCCCCUAGUAAGGCAAAAAGGUCGCACCUAUCACCUUUCCAGAUCUUUUGCUGUUUUCCCAGCUUCUCCCCACGCAGAUGCCAUUUCCCUCAUGUACCUGACUUUUAAAGAUCCCGGGAGAAAUGAGAUACACGUGCGAAGAAGAAGUUGUGACUGUCAGGAAUAGAUUUCACUAUCAACUUGAAGUUUGCUGGGCAUGGUGGUUUAAGUUUAUUAUAAUUAUUAAUAUUAAUAUUAUUAAUAUUAUCAUUAUUAUUUUAGUCCUGAUAAUUGUGUCUAUUUGAAACAGAUACUGGCUUUAAGUUUUUCCUAUGAUAUAUGUUAAUAUAAAAGUAUUUACCGCGUUUCAGCUUGUUCGUGGCAGUGCUGGUAGAUAAUUUUCAAAGAACAAUAACAGCAGUGGAAGUAAAACCACACAAGAAACAAAGUGGACUGCAAUUCAAAAGUGUUUUUGAAGAGGUAUGUCAUGUAUUACCACUGUAAGGUAGGUUGAGUCCUGAUAAAGGGGCUGGAAGCAGGCGGGGCGGGGCGGGGGGGAGGGCAGAGAGGUCCAAAACUCCCGGUUCCUGUUCCUUGCAUUGCCGCUUCCCAGUCCUUUUUUAAAAUACCGUAUUUUCUUGGCUUCCUUCUUUUAGCAGAUCGAUUGCAAAAUAUUAAGCAUUUUUGCGUUAUUUUCUCCUGUUUCUCUCUCUACCCACCCAUUGAGAACCUUCACCUCUCGCCCUUCCCUCUUCCGCCUCGCGUACCCCUCCGGCCCCCUACAUUCCCAAAGUCCCACCUCCUGUCCUUCCCCACGAUCAGCGAGAUAUUAUUAGUGAUAUUUUUUCGUAUCUCCAUGUUUGAUUACCAGGUGCAGUUGAGUGAUCACGCUGCGAGUGCGUACUCAUUUUCAGAUGAUUAUGACGAUUUUGAAGGUGAUGCAGCGUUAUUUCAGUAGCCCACUAUGUUAGCUGUUAGUGUUGACUGUAUUCACCAGUAUUUAUGCCAGCCAAUAAAUUCUAUUCAUUUCUUCGUCUAUUUAUAAGGACAAAGCAAUCUGGAAUAAAAUUAUUGUCUGGAAAGAUAAUAGUUUUAAAACGGAUACACGUGAUAAAGGUCGGAAGGAAAAUAAAACUUCUCAAUCCCUUUUUGGCAGAGGAUGAGGAUGAAGAACAAGAAAUAAGGAUUGUUAAAAGAGUGGAGGAUUAUUACCCCGAAGAUAAGUUCUCUGCCAGGUAUGAAUUAAAAGCGACAAAACAGGGCUUUUAUUUCAACAGGAAUUGUUUGCGAGAGGUUUUUUUUUUGUUCUGUAUCAUUGUAAGAAAAAGAAAUGUAAACUUUUAGUUGUUUACCAAUGGAACACGUUUAAACAUGUCCGUACGUUCCAGAUGGAAUUGGAAUUUGAAAUUGUUGGUUUUGAGGAAAGGGGAAAACCGGAGUACCCGGGGAAAAAUCUUUAGGAGUACAGGAGAGAACCAACAACAAACUCAACCCACAUAUGGCGUCGACGCCGGGAUAUGAACCCAGGCCACAUUGGUGGGAGGCGGAUGCUCUCACCACUGCGCCACCAUUUCCCCUGGUCCUUUACUUUUGCCAAGAAAAGCAAAAGGAAUGAAGCGGAGCAAACAGGAUUCAGAUAGGUAGAUUUAGCUACAAGGAUAAGAGUUUUCAAUACCAACCGUGCCUCAUUCUAAAAAGGUUAAUCCGUAAUACGCAGGAUUCGUAAAGUCUUGAAUUCUUGUAAAAGUCUUGUAAUUUGCCUUGAGUUUUUUUUUUCAAAGCUGCAACCAGUGGUUUAAAAGUGAAUUUUUUUUCGUUUUGUUCAAAUGUUAUUCAAUCUUGCCCGUACGUUUGCAGCGCACCAUGAAAAACUCUUUGUUCCUGCGUUUUUUAAGAUCUCUAUUGAUCACCUAUUCAAAAACCUUGAGUCUGGAAAAAGGAAAUUACUGUUUUGAAAAAAAGUUUUCAUUCAUAUGUUAUAGGGAGCGAGCGUUGAUCAAUGAUUACUUUACCCUACUUGCGUCUUUGGAGUACAACAUGCAAGAGAUACAAAAAGUACAAAAACUCGUCAACGACCUGGUGGACAUAACAGUUACGGUACGGUAAUGCGUAAAUAAGAAGUUGUAAAUAAUUCCCCUCGUUUCACACGUUCAAAACGUUAGAGCUAACUGAGUGAGGAUCUACUGAGUAAACACAAUUCUCCAGUCUCCAUUUCUCUCAAAGGAACAGUGAAUUUUCAGUAGCAAGUGAUUUAUCAAGAUUAAAACACGGAGAGCGACCGAGUAGUUUAGAAUUGAAAAAGAAAGGCCUAUUUUUCAGGCUAGUAUUACAGGGUUUUAAAAUCACUCCCAUGGAAGUAUUCAUUUCUACACGGAUGCUUGCAUUAGGUGUUGGAUUAUAUUGUGUUAAAAUCGUUGAUAGGUCAUGCAAGAUUUAAAAGCAUUUGCCAGACAUUUAUUUCCUAAGCCAUUUCUUCCAGAAUUAUUAAGAAUUUUCUAAGAGGAGGAAAGAUGUUUCUAAACCUUAAAGGUCGGUUCAACUUUAGUUAAGUUUGACCCAUAAUGAAAGUUAAGUAAUAUAAAUGUGAUAUAUAAGUUAUCAUUGAAUUCGGAUUUCUCUUGUAUUCAACAGAUACCUGACGUACCUGAAGAGUUAAUUUAAUUCACUUUAAGACCAACAUUCAAUCCAGCCAUUUUCAAACAUUCUAUUGAGGACUUUCGGAUUCACAAUAAACUUGGUCUUUUUUGUCCUUUCUUAUAAAGUUUUAGAUACAAAGUUGGAAGAUAUCAUGCAUUAAGCCUUUUAUACUAUGUUUG